UUUGGCUAGGGAUGUAGCCGUGGCCCUCAAACGCCGCCAUGGCGUCGUUCGUGGCGCCGUUUGAGCCUUUGCCUUCACUGCAGCCGCCCAUCUCGGCCAGCCCAUCGCAGGUGCGAUGUGCGAAAACUUCGAAAUGGAGCUCUUCGCAGCUCACUGCGGUCACCGCCUUGGCCAUCGCCCUUUGCCGCACGCGCGGGGCGAGAGCCGCGCGGCCGGCGCGCUCGAAGGCUCUCCGCCGGGCCGGCGCAGCAGCAGUGACCAAGGAGGAGGAAGAUGAGGAUCAAUACUACCGAUCAGCCACACCCCGGGAGCGCCAGUUCGGCAUGUACGACCGGCGUGCUGGCUCCCGGAGCUCCCAGAGCGGAGCGGUGGAGCUGCCCUUGUCGCAGCUCCACGUGGUGGCGGCGCAGCGGCAGCUGCCGGUGCUGCUGGAGGCGGUGGACACAGAUGCCUCGCAAGCCAUCCAGGCUUGGUCUGAGCUGCUGAGCGCGUGCCAGCGCCAGGCGCCGGAGCUGCUGAGCACCUGGAGCUGCGGCCUCUCGCCGCUGCUGCGCUUGGCGCUGGUGGUGCCCAGGUCCCAGUGGUUGCGGAGUCCCGAGGAGAGCUGGUGCGACGAGGCGCCUGGGCCAGUGCAGCAUGAGGGCCCUGAGGGCCCUCGCCUCGGCACCGAAGCACUUCCAAAGCUGGAGAAGCUGAUCAGGCACUUGCUGACCAAGUACGAUGACGCGCCCAUGGACCUGGCUGCGGGCUUCCUUUGGAGCGACGGCGCCGGGGGCACACUGCGGGAGCGCGAGGACCGAGAGGUGGUGCUUUGCAGCGGCGCGGGGGCCAGCCUUUGCGUCAGCUUCAUCCGCCUCUUUCGGGAGGUGUGUCAGGGCGAGCGGAAGCCCUUGGCGGCGGCGCAGGAUCUGCUGAGCCCCACGCUGACCAAGACGAAGAUGGUCAAUCAGCUUCUGGGCGGAUCAACGCUGCCCACGCCUCCGCCAGUGGAUGUGCCGGACGAGGCCCGGCACAUACAGCCGCUGGCUGUGACCUUGGCCUCGCCUUUGAUGCUGCUGCGGCGAGCACAGCUGGCGCAGCUGAACGCGCCGGAGGCCAUGGCGGAGGCCUUGGCGCAGACGAAUUUGGCCAAGGACUUAGGCUCUCCAGAGGAGGAGGCCUUCGCCCUGGAGGUCAUGAGUUGGAUGAGUCGCUUCGCAGACAGCCCGGAGCUGGAGGACAAGCACAGCGCGGCGCAGUGCGUGGAGUGGCUCCUCGCACAACGAUCUUUGGAUGCCAAGUUCUCGCUGGUUCUCAGCGGCAACCCUCGCGCGCCCAAGAAGGUGCUGGCGGCGGCGAAGCGGGACGCGGCCACCCUGGAGCUGCAGCGGCUGCAGAGCAGCGGCCAGCGGUUCCUGCCGAACCCCGCGGGCAUCAAGGGCUUCGUGAAGAGGGGCGUGUUGGCCGCCUUCGGCUCUCCCUACGAAAGUCCCAGCGGCAGCUGGCUGCCCAAAGGCCUGAAGGCCUUUGUUGGUGAGGGCUCGCUGGUGGAGCCCGUGGCGCCCAACAGUUGGCACGGGGAUGACUACGAGCCCUGCAACGCGGAGGCGCGUUUCCUGAAAGACCCGCAGAGGCUCCGCAAGGCCACGGUGCGUAUUGAUGAGAUCAUGAGCUUCGAGUACAUGCAGCACGUGGGCCAGGUCAUGGCAAACUGCCUCCGUGUCGAGAGGCGGGGGGGCAUGAGCCUGGUGAAGUACCUGAGCCGUGCCAAGAGCCGGGACAGUAGCUUUUGGGUGAUGACCAUCACAGCGGAGCCGGAGGAGGAUGAGGAGGAAGCACCUGUGCAGCACCUUCUUCUCAUGGAGGUCUACAAUGGUCUCCGCGUCAUCCACCAGGCGGAGGGGCCCCACCCGCGGCGCUGGCCGCGCCUGGACGCCUGGCGCUGGCUGGAGGAGUGGGCGGACCAGGAGAAGCUCCGGCCCGACGGGCCUGAGGGCGUCACUGUUGGCCCCUAUGAAGCCUACGAUGCCGACAUGGACCGAUGGGACAUUCGCCGGUGCUUCCUUUGGUGAGAAGCAGUUGCAAACCUUGUAUAUAGUUCGGGUCGUCCCCCCGAACCGCUUGCAGUCACCUCACUCUGAGUUCUUUUGGUUAUAGUGGUAGUGGUCCUGGGAACGGCUAAUUCAUAGGGCCAAGAUUUGGCGAUUGAGAAUUUGGCCAUGCCAAGUCUGCAUUCGCUUCGAAUGCUUUUCGGAAGGGCUUCGCAAAGAACCAUUGUCGAGUGCGAGAGAUUGCCAGGCCGGCUCAAAGAGAGCUGGCGGAAUUGUUUGGUGGCCUUCUCUCUGAAGAUCGAAGCUUCAAUCCCAAGGUGAGCUUGCUGGUUUCGGAUUUCCCGGAACCCGUGUCUUCCCCAACUCACCCAAACCCACUUUUCCACGGGGCAAGUGACGUGGCUCGCA